AUGAAGCGAGUUAAGCAGGAUUCCGACGACAUGGCGCCGGUCAAGUCGGAAAAGAAGGAUGGCUACAACCCAUAUCUCGCCCACCAGUACGAGGCUGAGGAGAAAAAGGGCUUUGGGAACUCGAGCGCCUGGCCCCUGUUUAACGGCGUGACGCGCCACGAGACCACUGCGAAACAGGCGGAGAAGAUCGAGGACAACGACCUGAACGCCUGGACGGGAGAGGUGCACUCACAGCAAUACUUCAAGAUCCUCAAGACGAGGCGGGACCUCCCCGUCCAGAAGCAACGGCAGGAAUUCCUCGACAUCUACCACAGCACGCAAAUUAUGGUCUUUGUUGGUGAGACUGGUUCGGGAAAAACUACUCAGAUUCCACAAUACGUUCUGUAUGACGAGCUGCCACAGUUUCAUGGAAAGCUGGUUGCCUGCACGCAGCCGCGACGAGUGGCAGCCAUGUCAGUUGCGCAGCGUGUGGCAGACGAGCUUGACGUGAGUCUCGGAGAGGAGGUUGGAUACAGCAUCCGUUUCGAGAAUAAAACUGGACCCAAGACUGUUCUCAAGUACAUGACCGAUGGUCAGCUUCUCCGGGAGGCCAUGCACGACCACGAUAUGACCCGAUACAGCUGCAUCAUUCUCGACGAGGCGCACGAGAGAACCCUGGCAACUGAUAUUCUGAUGGCACUUCUCAAGCAGAUUGCUCUGCGACGCAAAGACCUCAAGAUCAUCAUCAUGUCGGCUACUCUAGACGCGCAAAAGUUCCAGCGUUACUUCUACGAUGCGCCGCUCCUUGCUGUGCCUGGUCGUACACAUCCAGUCGAGAUCUUCUACACACCCGAGGCCGAGAAGGACUAUAUUGAGGCAUCGAUACGAACGGUGCUUCAGAUUCACGCCACAGAAGCCGAAGGUGACAUUCUGCUGUUCCUCACCGGUGAAGAGGAGAUUGAGGAUGCCUGUCGACGUAUUCGCUUGGAGGUAGACGAGAUGGUUCGAGAGUCAGACGCCGGACCGAUGGUCGUUUACCCCCUAUACGGUACUCUGCCACCCGCGCAACAGCAACGCAUAUUUGACAAGGCUCCGGAGCCUCUUCAGAAGGGUGGUCGUCCGGGACGGAAGUGCAUUAUUUCGACCAAUAUUGCCGAAACUUCGCUGACAAUCGAUGGAAUCGUGUACGUCGUUGAUCCUGGUUUCAGCAAGCAGAAGAUCUACAACCCUCGAAUCAGGGUUGAAUCUUUACUCGUCUCUCCUAUUUCUAAAGCUUCGGCACAACAACGAGCUGGCAGAGCUGGUCGAACAAGGCCUGGUAAAUGUUUCAGGUUGUACACAGAAAAGGCGUUCAAGAAGGAGCUCAUUGAGCAGACAUACCCAGAGAUUCUGCGGUCUAACUUGGCAAACACCGUGCUAGAGUUGAAGAAGCUUGGAGUCGAAGAUCUGGUGCAUUUUGAUCUGAUGGACCCCCCGGCUCCGGAGACAAUGAUGCGUGCGCUCGAGGAGUUGAACUAUCUGGCAUGUCUCGACGACGAUGGCGAACUGACACAGCUUGGCAGCCUAGCUUCCGAGUUCCCUCUGGAUCCAGCUCUUGCCGUCAUGCUUAUCUCUUCGCCCGAAUUCUACUGUUCCAACGAGAUGCUCUCUAUCACCGCGCUCCUGUCUGUGCCUCAAAUCUUCGUUCGCCCGAACAGCAACAGGAGGCGAGCCGACGAGAUGAAGGAGCUGUUUGCUCAUCCUGAGGGCGACCACCUGACCCUGCUCAACGCGUACCAUGCCUUCAAAGGCAAGAUGACCCAGGGCGAGGACAUGAAGAAGUGGUGCCACGAGCACUUCCUCUCGCAGCGUCAUUUGACUACCGCAGACGACGUCCGGUCACAGCUGAAGCGGAUCAUGGAGACGCACGGAGUCGAGCUGAUCAGCACGCCAUUCGAGGACAAGAAUUACUACACCAACAUCCGAAGAGCACUUCUAGCAGGUUUCUUCAUGCAAGUUGCCAUGAAGGAGGCGAACGGCAAGACGUAUCGCACCAUCAAGGACGACCAGCUUGUCAUGCUCCACCCCAGCACUGUCCUGAAGACUGGAUACGACUGGGUGGUGUACAACGAGUUCGUCCUCACCUCGAAGCAGUACAUUCGAACAGUCACCGGUAUUCGCCCCGAGUGGCUUCUGGAAAUUGCACCUAUCUACUAUGAUCUAGACACAUUCGAACGGGGUGACGUGAAGACUGCGCUCACCCGGGUGACAGAACGGAUCCGAAGAAAGAAGGCCAUGAAGGGCAGUCAGGCCUAG